AAUAAAUAGUAUGUAACCUGUUUUAACUGGUGUAUAAAUCUGUACAAAAUUUCAGUACAAAUUAUCGGAUUCACAGUUCUUAAAAGUAAUGUUACCUGAUUGGUUUUAUAAGAUUUUAUUUUGCAUGUGAUUUCAUUGUCUCAUUUUGCUUGUUUCAUUAUUGCUUUGUUGGUAUGUUUUCCCAUGGGAAUGCAUGUUUUUCUUGUUGCGUUUUAUGUGAAUAUUCUUUUUGGGGGAUCUUGGCCUCCUAGAACUGUCAAAAGACCAUAUGGUCUCAUAGAAAGAAACUGCUUUUACUUCCAUAAGUUGCAAUCUUGUGUAUAACAAUUUGAGGAUGUUUGAUUUAAAAUUUUUGGUUGUAUUUCAACACAUUUUCUUAAUCGAUCUUCUUGUCUAAAUGUGUAUGACUUUGUGGUCAAUCAAAUAUGUUUGUUUGAAAAUAGUUUGUUAUAUUAUCCUUUUCUACCAUACUUGUUGUCUAAUAUGUAUGAUGUUGUAGUUGAUCUCUUAAGUAGAGUGUUGAAUCCUCUGUUUAUGAUCUCAACUCUUGUGUAGAAUGAGGAAAAAGAAAAAAUGAAUCUGUGGAAAGUACACUGAAAAAAUACAAUGAUGGAUAGUUGGAAAAAGUGUUUCACUUAAUGUGUCAUUUCUCUUUUCUUGCUUCAUAAUACCCAAUCAAUUGUGUGAAAAUUUUAGUUCCAAGUUUUGGUUACCGAGGAGGAAUAGGAUGAAAGUUGUCCUUCCUCUUUUACCAUUUAUAUUUCUGUUUCCAUUUCUCCAGUAAAUCUGUGAAACCAAAUUGAAUUUUGAAGUUCCUGUGCAAUUUCUUAGUUUCAGCAGAGGUGUUUGUCUUGGAAAUACUAAUCUCAAGGAGAAGUUCUCUCUUCUUUUGUAUUACAGUUCCUAGCCAUUCAAAAUGGGUAAAGAAAAGGUUCACAUCAGCAUUGUGGUCAUUGGCCAUGUUGAUUCUGGCAAGUCAACCACCACCGGUCAUCUCAUCUACAAGCUAGGAGGUAUUGAUAAGCGUGUGAUUGAGAGGUUUGAGAAAGAAGCUGCUGAGAUGAACAAGCGUUCAUUCAAGUAUGCCUGGGUGCUGGACAAGCUCAAGGCUGAGCGUGAGCGUGGUAUUACCAUUGACAUUGCAUUGUGGAAGUUUGAGACUACCAAGUACUAUUGCACAGUCAUCGAUGCUCCUGGACACCGUGAUUUCAUCAAGAAUAUGAUCACUGGAACUUCCCAAGCAGAUUGUGCUGUCCUUAUUAUUGACUCCACCACUGGAGGUUUUGAAGCUGGCAUCUCCAAGGAUGGCCAGACCCGUGAGCACGCCCUGCUUGCUUUUACCCUUGGUGUGAAGCAGAUGAUUUGUUGCUGCAACAAGAGUGUUGAAUCCUCUGUUUAUGAUCUCAACUCUUGUGUAGAAUGA